CUUACCCUCACUCCCACUCAUACUAUCCUCUUUGUCCCUAAACCCUACUCCCUAUACCACCUCAUCCCCUAUAGACACACACAAACUUUACUCUCUGUCCCGAGCAGAACUUCAGAUCCAACAUUGCCUUCUUGCAUUAUUUUCUUGGAUUCCCCCCCACGCACACGCACACUAUCACCCACGCAAACACACACCUGACAUCAAUUCAAUUUAAUGGCAUCAGAUAGCAAUACCCACCAUAAAUCAUCUUCAAGAAAUCAACAACAACUCGUCUCUACAAUGAUAAAGCAAGGCUUCAUUUCCGACCCCUUUCUCUCUCCUCCCCCAACUUUCCGGCCCCUCACUAGCCCCACCCGCUCGCCAAAUCCGAAUCAGAGUCCGACCCUCUUCGAGAUGAUGUCCCUCGAACAGGCCCGCGAGCCCAAACCGCAAUCCGAAGCCCACAAGAAGCUCAGAGAAAGAAUUUCUGCAAUAUUGUCCCAAUCCCCAUUUCAUAACGUGAAUAGUGGCAAUGAUUGGGGGACGGGUGACGUCAGGCUCACUAUAGCGUCCCGGGAAAGGGAGCCGGAUGGAGGUGCGGAAACGGCGGCGUUUCGUGUGUCGAUGGACUUGCACCGAAGGGUGCUCGCCGCAAAAAGCCGGUUUUUUGCAGAGAAGCUCCGGCGAAGUGGGACCCAUUCCGUCGAAAUUCUUGAAUGUGAUGACGUGGAGGUGUAUGUACAUGCAGUGGUACUUAUAUACUGUGAGGAUUUAAAGACUAGGCUCAUGGGUAUGGAGGUUUCCAAGAUCUUGGCCCUCUUAAAGGUCUUUUCAGCCUUCUUAUUUGAUGAUGGGACAAUUGCAUGUCUUGAGUAUCUAGAAGCGGUACCUUGGUCUGAGAAAGAAGAGGAAAGAGUCGUGUCACAUCUCAAUCAACUUCAGCUCAAUGACUCAAGGACAGACGACGUGCUUCAGAGAGUAAUAGCCGAGCCUUCAACUUCUUCAAGAGCCGAUGAUAUAUUCUUGAAAUUGUCGGCUGGUAUGUUGCAGGCCAAAAAUGAUAAAGCCCGAAGAGAAAUGAAAAUAUUGAUAGCUCAAUUGCUUAGAGAAGAGACUGUGGACAGGCCUGAUAUCUCAAGGGAUGCACUGUAUCAUGUUUGCCAUAGAUGUCUUAGUUCUCUUGUCCUCUGCUUAUCUGAAGCCACUUGCUUAGAUGAAAGCACUCGAGAUCGAGGGAUUUUAAUGGGUGAAAUCGCUCGAGAAGCUGAUAAUAUUCAGUGGGUAGUUGAUAUCCUGAUCGACAGAAAAAUGGGUGAUGAAUUUGUAAAGUUAUGGGCCGAGCAGAAGGAGCUCGCUAGUCUUCACGCGAAGAUCCCGACAAUGUAUCGCCAUGAAAUAAGCAAGAUCACUGCACAACUUUGUAUUGCUAUUGGAAGAGGUCAUAUUCUAGUACCGAAGGAGACAAGGUUUUCUCUGCUCUCAACCUGGUUGGAAGCGCUUUAUGAGGAUUUUAGAUGGAUGAGACAGGCUUCUAGAGCGGUUGACAAAAAAUUGGUCGAGGAGGGACUAAGUCAGACAAUUCUCACCCUGCCGUUGCCUCAACAGCAGUCCAUUUUGCUUAACUGGUUCGAUAGAUUCCUCAACAGAGGUGAUGAUUGUCCAAAUAUUAAGAGGGCGUUUGAAAUUUGGUGGAGAAGGGCUUUCGUGAAGCAAUAUGUGAUUGAAUCUCAGUUGCAGAUAACCAUCUGUGAUUAUCCAAACUGACGGUAUGUUGUUAAAUAAAAGUUUAAUGCUAUCCAUAAAUUUCCAUACCAUAUUUCCUCAUUCUUGGAAAACAUUUUAUUGUGUUUUUCUUUCUUGACUGAACGAAGAUUGUAACACAAAAUAUGAUGUGUACGUACUAGCAGUUGAAUUUAAUGAAGUAAAGACACUCAGUUGUCUGAAUA